AUGCCCGAACCAAGUUCUACCGAUAUACAAGAAGCUGAACUUAUUCAACAUGUUUUUUAUGGUAACUUGGAUAAUUUACCUAAUCUUGCUUCAAAAAUUGUACGUAUUUUUACUUCAUCAACGUUUACAGAUACAAGUAUGGAACGUAAUUCACUUAUGCAACAUACAUAUCCAAAACUUAAAGAAUAUUGUCGAGAAAAACAUGGUCUAGAAUUUCAAGUAGUUGAUAUGCGUUGGGGUGUACGUGAUGAAGCAACAGAUGAUCAUAAAACAACAGAAUUAUGUAUGCAAGAAAUUGAUAAUUGUCAACGAGUUUCUGUUGGACCAAAUUUUGUGGUAUUUCUUGGUCAAAAAUAUGGUUAUCGUCCAUUACCAACAAAAAUUGAAGAAGCUGAAUUUCGUUUAAUUUUAUCUGUAUCAAGUCCUGAAGAUGCUCGAUUACUUACUCAAUGGUAUAAACUUGAUUCAAAUAAUAUUCCAAGUUUAUUUUGUUUACAACCAGUCAGUUCAAUUUUUACUAAUUUUACUAAUAAAGCUCAUCCUCGUCUUAUGGAAGAAGAUCAAAGUCAAUGGUGGGAAACUAUGAGUAAACUUAAUCGAGCGGUACGUUGUGCUGCUUUAGCACUUUUCAAUCAAGGUAAAUUUACAGCACAAGAUAAUCAUCGAUAUAAUUGGUCAGUUACUGAACAAGAAGUCGUUCGAGGUAUAUUAAAUGCUAAAGAUAGAGUUGAUCAUACAUUAGCUUUUUUUCGUCAUAUUGAAAAUAUUAAUAUUAGUUUAUUACGUCAUUCAAUGAAAUUUAUUGAUAUUGCAUCAAAACUAAUUGAUGAAGAAGCACAACGUAUGUUAUCCGAUUUACGUGAUGUUCGUGUACCAGCAGCAUUACCUAAAUCAAGUAUAAUUCGAUAUACAGUUGAAUGGUCAGAUGAAGAUGGUUUAAAUAAAAAUGUUCAUGCUGAAUAUUUACAAAAUUUUAUUGAUACAUUUUAUCAACGAAUUUUAGAAUUAAUUGAUCAUGGUGUUGGACAACAGAAAAGUUUAGCAGCUAAUAGAGCCUAUACCGAAAUUCUUCAACAACUUCAUGUUGUAAAUUAUUUCAGUCAAGAUUUUCAAGGACGUACUGAUAUUCUCGAACGUGUACGUAAUUAUGUUCAAGGUUCAUCAAAACAGCCAUUAGUUUUAUGGGGUGAAGGUGGUUGUGGUAAAUCAAGUGUGUUAGCAAAAAUAGUAUCAGAAUCUAAAUCAUGGUUUUUAUCAAAAAAUUGUUCAUUAAUAAGACUUGUUCGAUUUCUUGGUACAACACCUGAUAGUUCAUCAGUUUGUCCAUUAUUACGUAGUGUUUGUCAACAAAUAAGUUUAUUAUAUGAAGUAUCAGAUAAUGCUAUACCAGUCGAAUUAUCUCAAUUAACAAAUUAUUUUAAACGUUUAUUAGAAAAAGCAACAGCAGAUAAACCAUUAUGUAUUUUUUUUGAUUCAUUAGAUCAAUUAUCAUCAGCUGAUGGUGCACAUUCAAUGUCUUGGUUACCACCAACUCUUCCAAAUUAUGUUAAACUUAUUGUUUCAACGUUACCAGGAAUAUAUAGUAUAUUAAAUACACUUCGAAAUAUAAUUGAUAGCCGAGAAAAUUUUGUUCAAGUAAAACCAUUAGGUGAAGAGUUAGGUAAAACAGUAUUAAAAGCUUGGUUAGCUCGUCAUCAUCGAACAAUAUCUAAUGCACAAUGGGAAUUAGUUCAUGAACGUCUUGCUGAAUGUAGUACUCCGUUAUAUGUUAAAUUAGUAUUUGAUGAAAUAAAAUUAUGGAAAUCAUAUACAAAAAUACAAGAAAAAGAUUUAGCUAAAACAGUAUUAACAUCAAUAAAUAAAUUAUUAGGACGAAUUGAAAAUCAACAUGGACAUAUAUUAGUUGCACAUGCAUUAUCCUAUAUAACAGCAUCAAAAUCAGGUUUAAGUGAAGCUGAAUUAGAAGAUUUAAUAUCACUUGAUGAAACUGUUUUAAAUGAUGUUUAUCAAUAUCAUUUACCACCUAUUCGACGUAUACCACCAUUAUUAUGGACACGUAUAAGAAAUGAUUUACCAAAUUAUUUAGUCGAACGUGAAGCAGAAGGUGUUAGUGUUGUUAGUUGGUAUCAUCGACAAUUUGCUGAAGUUUCUCAUGAACGUUAUUUAUCAAAUCCAGAUGAACGUCGAAUAUAUCAUUCUAAUAUGGCAGAUUAUUAUCUCGGUAUAUGGGCUGGUCGUCCAAAACCUUUUCAAUUUUCUGAUCAUCAAAAACGUAUGUUUAAUAUAUCAUCAGCAGAUGGUGAAGCUGAUCGUAAAGUUCCAGCUCAACCACUUAUAUUUACAACAAAUAAUCCAGAAGGAUCAGUUACAACAACACCAACUGUUCGUUAUAAUUUACGUAAAUUAAGUGAAUUACCAUUUCAAUUAAUACAUGCACAACGUGAAGAUGAUUUAUAUAAAAAUGUUUUAUUUAAUUAUGAUUUUAUUCAUGCAAAAUUAUCAUGUAUGCCAUUAAAUUUAUGUAUAUUCGAUUAUGAAAGUGCAUUAGAAUUUGUUUUUGAUAAAGAAGUUAAAUUAAUGAGUGAUGCACUUCGUUUAUCAAGUUCAAUGUUAGCUGCUGAUCCAAAUAAUUUAGCAUGUCAAAUAAUUGGUCGUCUACUUCCAUUUUAUACAACAUGUCAUAAAAUAGCUUCAUUUAUUGAUCAAUGUGAAAGUACUGGUUUACAAGUCAUGGGUCUUGUACCAGCUUGUAAUACAUUACCAUCGCCUGGCGGUCCACUUGUUUAUUCAUUAGAAGCUCAUCAAUUUGCCGUUUAUGGUCUUGAAGUUAUCUCAUCUGGACAAUCUCUUCUUACUGUAUCAAAUAAAUUUAUUGUUUUUGAUUUAUCAAGUGGUGAUAUUGUACGUAUUAUUGAUCCUAAAAUAGAAGGUAUUAUGACAUAUUUAGCACUUGCACCUGAUCAACGUUAUUGUGUAACAACAAUAAGUAAUCAAUAUAUUAUAUGUAAUUUAUUAACUGGAGAUUUAAUUUUACGUGAUUAUCAAUCAUCAUCAGUAAAUAAUCAACAACAACAACAAACAGGUGGAAAUACAACUAAAACUAAUAAUAAAACAAAUAGUGGACAAAUAACGGAAUCUUUAUUAGGUGCACAUACAAGCAAUACUCAUUUUGUAUUGUGGACGGCAAAAAUGUAUCAAGUGUAUACAAAUAAAGGUGAAUUACUUACAUUGCAACCAACACGUUUUCAAAUUAUACAAAUUGAAGUAUUAGAAGGACCACAAGUAGAAACUGUUUGUCGUACUGAAGAUGUCAAAGAUGAUCAAGAUGUAGUUCGUGAUCGUCUAUUAAUAGAUUACUGUUUUGUUUCAAAUAAUGAUCAUCAAACUGAUAUAAACAAUAAUAAUAAGAAUAAUCCUUCACGUUGUUUAAUUGGUGGUAGAAAAAAUAUUCAUAGUGCACUUAUAUUAACACGUGAUAAACGACGUAUGUAUACAUGUUGUGAAAUAAAUGAUAAUAAUGUUGAAAUGUAUGUUAAUAAACCACAUCCGAUUCAUUACGCUACUCAACGUAUAUGGGCAUUUGAUCAUCAGUUAUAUGAAAAUAAAGAUCGCAUAUUUUCAUUAAUUUUAAGUGAUGAUGAAAAUUAUCUUAUGGCAGUUAUAUUUAAAGGUUUUAGAAUCUUUUCAUUUCGAUCAUAUUUAUGGAAAACAUGUUUAUUACCUGGUAGUGUACGUAAUAUAAUGAGUGGUGCUAAACGUUUAACAUAUACAGCAGCGUUUUCUCAAGAUAAUCGUUAUUGUAUAGCAUGUGUUAAAUCAAGUGUUUAUGUAUUUGAAAUAGAAUGGGGUAAUUUAGUAGCUUCAUUUGAUUUACAUUUUGGUCGUAUACUUGUUGUAAAAUGUUUAUCAACUGGUAGUGGUGGAAAUAACUAUGUUAUAACAACUGGUAUGGAUAAAACAACAAAAGUAUGGAAUUUACAAAAUGCAAAAGAAAAAUCUAUAUCAAUAACACAAUUAGAUAAAUGUAUUGAAAUGAUGUAUAUAUCAACAGAAGCAGGAUUAAUAAUGGCACAAUCACGUACGCAAUUAUGUUUAUUUGAUUUGACAAAUGGAUCAAUGAUCGGACAAUUAUCUGCUAAUCCACAUGGAUCAAUUUAUCAGUGUACAGUUUUAUGUACAAAUGGUUUAUUUGCAGCAUCAGCUGAAUCAGGUAAUUUUGUAAUAUAUGAUAUUGAUGAACGCAAAACAUCAUUUAUAACACCAUUAAAAAAUAUCUUUCAACUUCUUCUUCAUACAGCUGAAACAAUGGUUUUAGUUUUAAUUACUGAAUCAACUCCAACACAAGUUUCAAAUGCAUCAAAUAAUGUACCAGUAAAUACUAGUCCGAAUGGUCAAGCUAUUCAAGCUAUUUCAUAUGGAAUACCUGAUGGUGAGAUUAUUUAUGAAAUAAUAUCAAAUAUGAAACGUUCAAAUCAACCAAAAAAAGUUGCUUGUACAGCUGAGGAUACAUAUCUUGUAUUUAUUGAAGAGAAAAAAAAUAAUGAAAUACUUUCAUUAUAUGAUCCAAUGACUGGUGAACAUGUACAUAAUGUUAAAUUAAAUUAUCCAGCUUAUAAAGAUAUUAUUUUAAUGGUUACAAUACCAAAACAACCUUAUUUGAUUGGUUUAAUUGAUUCUGAAAAAGGAAUUGUUAUGAAUGUUAGAGAUAAAAAGGUUCAUUUAACAUUACCAAAAUGGGGUGGUCAAAUAUCAUCCGAUGGUAAAUAUGGUUUAUAUGCUCCAACACGUGGUGGUCUUGAAAUAUUUGAAUUUCGAAAUGGAAAAGUAAUUCGAACAUUAAUUGGCAAAAUAGCUGAAGGUGUAUUUGAAGUAUUAGCAUUUUUUACUCCAACAAAUAAUCAUGUUAUAUAUUAUAAUAAAGGUAAACGAACAAUACGUGUAUUUCGUACACAAGAUGGUAAACAAAUAGCUGAUAUGAAAUGUCCAGCCAAAGUUCGACAAGCACUUGGAACACAUGAUGGACGAGCAUUAAUUGUUGGAUAUGAAGAUGGAGCUAUACAAAUGUUUUUAAUUGUUGAUCAUUUCGAUGAAACAACUGUUGAUUAUUUAAAACGUUGGAGAAAACAUCAAUUUCAUGCAAAAUUAGAAGCUAUACGACAAGAGACUGUUGAAAAACAAUCUGAAUUACAAUGA